CAAAACUACACACUUGUCUCUUUCGUUUCAUGUGCAUAAUUCAAUCAGCAGCUGAACAAACGCAUCACCAGCUCCCCUGCCUAAAACGAAGAACACAACAACAGAGAGAAUGGAAAAACCAGCCCAAAACACUGACGCCCAAAAUGGGCAAGUUCAAGAAGCAACCAAGGCUUCCAGCGACGGUUCUGUUUGUGGGUACGAUUCACUUCACCACCUCCUCAGCGAAAAUCUCAAGCCCCAUAUUUUUCAGGAAGUCAACCGUAUUCUUUUGGGUCUGAAUCGCGGUAAGGCACCUGAAACAAUCUCUCUCCCAGAAUCUGCUAAAGCACUCUCUUCAGGACGUAAUUUUGACCUCCAGGCCUUCUGCUUUCUUGCUGACAAAGAGUUGUUGAGAGAACCUCGAAUAGUUAGGGUCGGUCUCAUUCAAAACUCUAUAGCUCUUCCAACUACUGCUCACUUUUUGGACCAGAAGAGGGCUAUUUUUGAGAAAUUAAGGCCAAUAAUUGAUGCUGCAGGUGCUGCAGGUGUCAAUGUAUUAUGCUUGCAGGAAGCAUGGACAAUGCCAUUUGCCUUUUGUACACGGGAGAAGAGGUGGUGUGAAUUUGCAGAGCCUGUAGACGGGGAAUCAACUCGAUUCCUCCAGGAUUUUGCACGCAUGUACAACAUGGUCAUUAUAAGUCCAAUUCUUGAGAGGGAUGUCAACCAUGGAGAGACUCUCUGGAACACUGCUGUCAUAAUUGGAAAUAAUGGGAACAUAAUUGGCAAGCAUCGAAAGAACCAUAUACCAAGAGUUGGCGACUUCAAUGAGAGUACGUAUUAUAUGGAAGGAAAUACUGGCCAUCCAGUCUUUGAGACAGCUUAUGGAAAAAUUGCUGUUAACAUAUGCUAUGGAAGGCACCAUCCUUUAAAUUGGUUAGCAUUUGGCUUGAAUGGUGCAGAGAUUGUUUUCAACCCUUCCGCCACUGUUGGUGAACUCAGUGAACCGAUGUGGCCCAUUGAGGCCCGUAAUGCUGCAAUUGCAAACAGUUACUUUGUUGGGUCAAUCAACCGUGUAGGGACUGAGGUUUUUCCAAAUCCAUUUACUUCCGGUGAUGGAAAGCCGGAACAUGCAGAUUUCGGGCAUUUCUACGGAUCCAGCCAUUUUUCAGCCCCAGAUGCCUCGUGCACUCCUUCUCUAUCACGCCAUAGGGAUGGGUUGUUGAUCUCAGACGUGGACCUCAACCUGUGUAGGCAGAUAAAAGACAAGUGGGGAUUCCGAAUGACUGCUCGUUAUGAGCUGUAUGCUGACUUGCUUGCUCAGUAUUUGAAGCCGGAUUUUGAGCCCCAAGUCAUUUCUGAUCCCUUGUUACACAAGAAGUCUCCCUAAGUUCGUUAGUUUCUAGUUGGUCUGCAGUCUGAACAUGUAGUUAAAAAAGUAAAUUUGUGUGCAUCAAUUUCUCGGCCGUUGAAAAAUGAGCAUUGGCUAUCUGUAGAUAUUUACUUAUUAUUCAGUAAAUAUCGUAAGAAAAAAAGAAAAAAACAAAAGGAAAACCAACAUUCCCACGAAGUAUUUUGUAGUAUCUGUAGUUAUUUCUCAUAAAGUGACCAUUUCGCCUGCGA